GACCGCGCGCACAUCGAGCCGCCCGCAGAGCAGGCUGCUUCACCUCGUACGUCAGACAUGGCGUGGCACAUCGGCAAAAUUGCCGAGUCUCUUCAGCGCACUUGCUGCCGCGUCUUUCACGCGCUCACCGCAUGGCAUGACUACGAGGUCAAGGUGAAUGCUGCCAACCUGCGCCUGCAGAUUGCCGGCGCAUCCAACCUGGCGCCGGCGUCGAUCGUCUGCCCUUGGAUGAGCAACUUCCAGUACCGAGCGGGUGCUACACUGGAGGACUUCAGCACGUGGAUGCGAGACGACAUCCUCUUUUGGGCUAUGUCGCGUGACAACUGCAAGCGUUAUUGGCUUGAAAACGACGCGCCAACCGGAUGCGACCUGCCACUGUUGCCCGAGGCCGGCGGCAACGCCCGCCUGGAACCAGCGGCUGCGCGCGAGGCAUACCGCUCCAAGUUACGUCGAAGUCGCGACAGGAUCAUGGCAUCCACAGACCCAGCGAAGAGGAGCAUCAGAGGAUUAUUGGUUAUCGGCCAUGCUC